GAGGAGAGCACCGGUCGUUUCGAUCUAAGUCGGAUAGAUCUAGCAUGAAGUAGAAGAGAAUUUUUCAGAGAAAGAGCGGGGCGGGGUCGCUUGGGGGAGAAAAGAGGAUACCGACUCGAGAUAUCGGUGGAGGAGAAAGAGGAUAGAAUAAACGAAAGAGCAGAUCGAUUGGACAUUGAAGAUUGAACUGUAGAAGAAUAUAGAGGAAUAAUCUAAAUGAUAGAUAAAAAAAAAGGGAAGAAGGCGAAGAAGGAGGGUUAGAGGGGAGAAAAGGUGGUCGAGAUAGGAGGGAGCUGGUGAGGUGGGAAAGGAAUGGGUGCCGGGAUGGGCAGAAGCGGCACGAGCGGCGGCUUUCUCGAGGCACUUCCCACGGGAACGCCGCUCCACGUGGCUAUGCUCGGUCUUGAUAGUGCUGGGAAAACCACCGCGUUGUAUCGACUCAAGUUCGACCAGUACCUAAACACUGUGCCCACCAUCGGCUUCAACUGCGAGAGAAUCCGUGGUGGCAUCGGAAAAGCGAAAGGUGUAAAUUUUCUCGUGUGGGAUGUGGGCGGGCAAGAGAAAUUACGACCAUUAUGGAAGUCCUAUACCAGAUGCACAGACGGUAUUAUCUUCGUGGUUGACUCUUGCGAUGCAGAACGGCUCGAGGAGGCAAAGAUGGAGCUGACCAGAACCGCCAGGAGCCCGGAUAACGCUGGUGUUCCCAUUUUGAUCCUAGCCAACAAGCAGGAUCUGCCAGGUGCCAAAGAGGUAGGCGAGUUGGAAAAGCAUUUAGGCGUCUUGGAACUAGCCGGGAUGCCAGGUAGUGCGUGCAUCAGAGUACAGCCGGCCUGCGCGAUCACCGGCGAAGGGCUUCACGAGGGACUGGACACGUUGUAUCAGCUGAUACUGAAGCGACGUAAGCUCGCGAAAUUGAACAGGAAGCGUGCCAGGUAGGCCAGGGCCUCGGAGGACUGCACGUGCGUCUUCUGAUUUUGUAAGUCGCGGACAGUCUCUCCUUUGGACACAGCCACGCCUUCCAUGGUGUCUUCUUCCUCGUCUUCUUCGUCAUGCUGCAAUGGCGACGUCCACGUGUUCGAGUGAAUGCACGUGCACACCUCCUGUUCAAUUGCGGACAAUUGUUCUCGUUGUGGAACACACCCUCGAUCUUUUGUUCUCGACGAUUGUUUCUUCUGGGCCGGCGUUGUUUUCCAGACGCUAGCCGGCCGGAUCUGUGUUUCACAAAAUGCAAGGCUGGACGGUGGAUUCGUGCAACCGAGAUCGAAACGGAGAGUCAUUCCAAAUGGGAUUCGUGGCUUUCCGUUCUUCGAUCUAUGAUCUUCUCUGAUCCACGAAGACUAGAUAGUUUUCGUCGAAGAAAGAAUUGAAGAUGCAAACUAGACUUGUAUGAAUUGGAUUUCUUGGAUUUAGUUGGGUGAUGUAUUUAAUAAGCGUGAUAAAUAUACGCGACAAAAACUGCCACCAAAGUUACGUGGCUGACUCUAAAAAAAAGAAAGAAAGAAAAAA